GUGCCAACGUGCCAUCUAUUAUAAAUUUCACGAAAUAUGAUAUUUUGCUCAAAAGUGUAACUUUUAAGAUUAAUUGAUAAAGAAGUGCCUUAUUAUUAAUUUUAUGGUUAUCUUACAAAUGUUUAUUUGUAUUGGACCCGUUUUUUAAAUGUGAAAUGCCAUCUUCAGUUCGGCCCAAAAUACAUUCGUCGGUUAGCAAGACACCAACCUCAACGCCAAUGUCGGAGAGACAGCAAAUGGCCCUACUCAUGCAGAUGGCUUCGCAUUCGAGAAGUCCGUCCUCGCGAUCGAAAGAUCGCAACGAGCGAGGCGAGACGCCCCUGCACUUGGCCGCGAUCAAGGGGGACGUCGAGCAAGUUUGUAAGCUGCUGUCGCAUCACGCCGACCCGAACGUUGCGGAUUUCGCAGGUUGGACACCUCUGCACGAGGCCUGUAAUCACGGGUGGUUCGAAGUUGCGUGCAGGCUAGUACAGGCCGGCGCAAAUGUAAACGCACGAGGGUUCGACGAUGAUACACCACUACAUGAUGCAGCAGUAAACGGACACCUUAAACUCGCACAGUAUUUGCUGGAAAAGGGAGCGGAUACCGGUGCAAAAAAUUCUAAAGGGAAAACUCCAUUUGAUGUAUCAUCGCCGAGUGUUGCCGCCUUACUUCUUAAUUCCGAUGCAGUAACAGAACCCACCAUAUCGACAAGACAGCAACCACGUCUGAGGGAUGAAAAGAAGCUCAUUGACAGCAAACAAAAGAACACAACCGAGGAAACGAUGGAUUCCUCAAAAACAACAGAUGACGUGUACGAAUUCAAAUCUGUGAAAGAUUCCUGUCCAUCACCUGAGAAUAAGCCGCAGGACUCCUGCGAGACGGAGAAAGACCUGCAGGAUGGUGCUUCUACCACAAGUACAAGUCAGUCGACAGAGGAAAACGCGAAGCGAACUUUUUCUGAAGUAGCAGACGCUGACGAUGCCGCCGACGAUGAAUCUAAGAAAAAAAAACGCAAAGAUGACACCGCAAAAGAAACUAAGGCGGCGACGCCGCAGCGAAACGUCGGUCUUAACAAGGCACAGCUAAGUAAGCAAGCAACAACGGCGCCAAACAAAACAAACACCGCCGCUUCCGUUAAAUCAACAGAACGAAAAACUCCACCCGCCAGUCCUAAACCGGCAACAAGCGACCAGGAGGUGGAGGACGGUAAAUCAGAUCUAAAAGUACCGCCGUUAAAAAUUGUGAUACCUCAAAGUACCAGCGAGCAAGAGAGCGGAUCUACGCGUAAUGGAAAAAACAAUUCGCAACGCUCUCAUCAGGCACUACCCUACGUUGUAGCUAGCUCUAACAACGAAUCGUCCGAAAAAGAUGCCACUUCUGGCACGACAAGCCCCACAGAAACUCCCGCCGUUAAAAAUGAAGAAAAAAAAGAGCAGACCGCCGGCUCGGACGAUCAGCGAGCAGGACACCAUCAAAGAGUAUUGCGAAGUUCGCAUCGCUCGGGACCUGUUCCAGGUAGUGCUGACAGAAGUAGCAAUAAUUCCUCUCCACAACUUCAAAGAUCUCACUCACCAUCCCCAUCUGCUUCCCCUUCUACACCUUCAAACCAACCUGAGACAACAACUUCAACUAUACAUAAUACUUCCGCCGCUACUACAUCCAAAACUUCUGACGCUCAGGUUACGACGAGCAGCGAUACUGAACCGACCAUGUCGACUUCCGGCGUUAAUUCCACGGCGACGAUGAACGUCGUCGAACUACAUCCGAGGAAGCGAAAGAUGAAGCCCAGCAAGGAAACGUCGGUACCGCCGCCUGCGCACGAACCGCUCGAGGCACCCGCCGUCUCCGAGAUACAUCCCCACGAACAACCCAUAACCAAUUGCUAUCAACUGUUUCUGAACAUUAGGAAACAAAUUGACAAGCGACGUAAGGGAUUAAUUCCAGUACAGCCUAAGCCCCCGCAGGGCUUCAAGGAUUACCUCAUGAAUCGGUGCACCUACGUCCUGGCCGGAAACGCGCCGACUACGCCCAACAUAACCAUUCCGGCGAAUCUUCCCGCGCAAAUGAAAGACCUGUACAGUGAGCAGGAGAAGGAGCGGUACAGAUUACGAAUGCAGCAUGUGAUAGAGAAAGAAAAAUUAGUACUGUCCGUCGAACAAGAGAUACUACGGGUACACGGUCGAGCGGCGCGCGCUUUGGCCAACCAGUCGCUUCCGUUCUCCGUGUGUACGAUUUUAAGGGACGAAGAGGUGUAUAACUUGAUAACGCCCGAGCAGGAAGAGAAAGAUCGUAACGCAAGGUCGAGGUAUAAUGGGCGUUUGUUUUUGAGCUGGUUGCAAGACGUCGACGAUAAAUGGGAAAAAAUAAAGGAGCAUAUGCUUUUGAGGCAUCACAACGAAGCGGAAUCUCUGCAUGCCGUUCAAAAGAUGGAUUGGGAGUGGAAGCUGAAAGAAUUGAAUCUGUGUGAUGCGAAGACCACGCCAUCUAUUGACGAAUUACAUGUUCCUAUGGUUCAUGUCAGCGACGACUUUGAUUUACUCCCCGCUUAGUUCUUAAUAUUUAUAAUUAAUUUAUUACUGUUGAUUGUUAAAUAAUGUAGCUAUGAAUUUUA